UUUUCCUAAUUCCGUCUAGAUUUAAAUAACUAUUAAGCAAAAUAAAAAAUUUCGAAAAUAUUCUCAUUAUUUGCUUGGAAUUCGUAAAGAACUUUGUGGGAAAUGUCGAGCACACACGAUGAAAAGAGUCCCCAUCAUGCCGUUUUCGUUGGUGGAAUUGGAGCAGCAGCCGCCAUAAUAUUCUCAUGCCUGGGAGCAUCUUACGGCACUGCGGUGUCCGGUGUUGGCAUUGCCAGCAUGGCCAUCAGCAAGCCGGAGUUGAUUAUGAAAUCCAUUAUUCCUGUGGUCAUGUCGGGCAUUAUUGCUAUCUAUGGCCUGGUUGUGGCUGUCCUCAUAUCGGGAUCUAUCGGCCAUAAUUAUACCGUUCAGAAGUCAUAUAUUCAUCUUGGCGCUGGCCUUUCGGUGGGCUUAGCUGGCUUGUCGGCUGGCGUUGCCAUUGGCAUCGUGGGAGAUGCCGGAGUACGGGGAACAGCUCAGCAGCCGCGUCUCUAUGUGGGCAUGAUUCUGAUCUUGAUCUUUGCCGAAGUGCUGGGUCUGUAUGGGCUGAUAGUAGCUAUCUAUUUGUAUGCCAAGAUUUAGAUAUGUAUUAAAAUAUUUUAUUUACUUCAA